GGCCUCCUGUUGAAGAAAAAUCAUUUAGCGAAUUUCAGUGAUAAAAAUGCACAUUUUACGUAACUUAGUCGUCUGAAUUACAUGAAAAUGGCAAAUCCAACUGCGGAGACUGUAGCAGCAUCAGUGGUUAGAGAAUACUUGAGCAGAAAGGGUCUGCGAUGCACCCUUCAGAUGAUGGAUGAAGAGAUGCCCAGGACUGAGGACUGCAUCAGCAAAAGGCCACUCCUCAUCAAAGAGUUACAAAUUGAGAAACUCAUGAAGAAAAACAGGGAAUUGGAAAAUCCCCUGCGUGCCAUGCUGGAAGUUAUAAUAAAACACCUCAUGGAGAAAGGCAGCACUAGUACACCAAACCACAAUGAAGAUGGUGUUCAGGAUGAUGCUGAGAGGAAAAAACCUGCUGAGGUUUCAGAUACAUCUGGUCAUAGAUAUGAUGAUGCUUUGGAGACCCCUGUUGCCAAACCUAGGAAAAAAGCGCCACCUCCAAAACACUCAGAGAUGCUGCUAGAAGACACAACAGAGGGAGAGACACUGGGGGGAGAGGGGCGAGCUGGGAUCAUGGACAGGGAGCGAGAAGAUACUGCUGCCUUACUGCCACCUGGUGGAACGACAAGGUUGAAAUCUGGGAAACUGAGAGGGAUGUCAGGACCAAUUUCCAGCAGUAUAGAGGGAAGAGACAGAAAGAAAAUGAAGAGGCCUACAUCAUCACACCACCAUAGCCGUCCUGACACUAACCACACCUUGGACAACCAGUUGCCAUACAAAGAACCCGAUAUCAGUAACACAUUUUCAAAUGCCUCAGAGAUAUCUGCUGGCCAUAGGACGCAGCACGAUUCCCAUGUUAAGUCUACGGGACAUAGGAGGACAGAUUUGAGACAAGAUUCUGGAAGAAUUGAAGAUGUGUUAGACAUUGGUGACCCUGUCUUGAAAACUGAGGAACAUAAACCAAGAUCUCACCAUCACCACCACCACAAACGCCACCACCAUCACCACCAUAACUUGGACCAAGAUUCAACAAAUGGACAGAUGAAUCUUGCUAAUAAAAAACAACACAGUUUUGAUGACGAUGGCCUGGAUUUAUCAACACCAGAAAGACCCACAAGUCGACAUGGUCGGAGAAGCAGUCAGAAGGAAUCCAGAGAACCCCAACCAGAUGUCAGCACUAGUGCUCAAGACAAGCCAUCUCCUAGACCUAAUAGCAGGCACAGGAAGAGAGAUGACCUUGAACUUGAUGGUUAUGAUGUGAAUAUAUCAAGUAUCAAGGAGAAUGUUAUGUCUAGGGGUGGAAGUGGUUCCUCUACCAGUAGCAGAUCUGGUGCUAAAAACUUGUGCAAGGUUGGUGAUUUGGAAGUUGGUGAUGAAGAUGACUUGGAGGCAGAAAUGGCAGAAUUACAUGUCCAGGAGGUGCACAAACCCAUUGCAAAGACGCAGAAAUCUAAUCUCAUUACUAAUGCAAGGCCAAUAGAUAUCCAGACAGCUGUGGAACUAAAAACAGUAAUAUUUGGGACAGCAUCCAAGUUCUUCAAUGAUGAAUGGCUGUACCAGAGUUUUACUUUCUCUGAUCAACCUCGGCUGCAGUAUGGUAUUGUGCAAAAAAAGGGAGGACCAUGUGGUGUGCUGGCAGCUGUACAAGCCAUGGUGCUACAGGAGAUGCUGUUUAACAAGGAAACAAAACCUACAUCAGACAGUUUGGAACCCAGUAGAAAAGAGAGGACAGCUUGUCUUGCUGCAGCCAUCAGUGCCAUCUUGUGGAGAGCAGGCCAACAGAAAGAAGCUGUAGUUACAUUGCCCUGUGGAAGAUCCAUAUUUGCUGGAAGUGGAAGAUAUAAACCUGACAAUGUCACUGAAACACUUGUUCUGAACAUCUUCAGCACACAGGAGGAGUUGCAUGAAUUCAUCAAACAACAUAUCAACACUUUUGAGCUAGAGGGCAGCACAGGUGUGGUUCUGUUCACCUAUUCUUUGAUUCUAUCAAGGACAAUUCCUGAGUUGAAGUCGGAUAUGGAUGUUCCCACCAACACACUGAUGGGGGCCCAUGGGUACUGCUCCCAGGAACUUGUCAACCUGAUAUUGACUGGCAAGGCAGCCUCCAAUGUGUUCAAUGACAAGGUGGAGUUAGACUCUGGCACGGGCCCCAAGAUGAUAUUAAAAGGCAUCCAUGCCAGGAGCGACAUAGGGUUGCUGUCUCUUUUUGAACACUACAAGUCGUGUGAAGUGGGCACAUUUCUCAAGACACCACGGUUCCCAAUCUGGGUGGUUUGCAGCGAAAGUCAUUUCAGUGUGUUGUUCUCUUUGAAGAAAGAGUUAAUGAGUGACUGGAAAGUGGAAAGGAAGUUUGAUCUGUACUACUAUGAUGGAUUGGCAAGGCAGGAUGAAGAAAUACGCCUCACUAUAGAGACCACCAACAGGUUUUAUGAACCCCCCUCUGAUGAUGACCUGGUACCCCCCCUGGAGCACUGUAUUAGAACAAAAUGGAAAGAUGCCCAGAUUGACUGGAAUGGGACGGAGCCUAUCCUGUAGGGUGUUAACAUGACACUCGGAUCAUUUGCUGUUUUGAAAUGCCAUGGUUGUCAACUGAAAAAAAAAAAAAAAAAACAACGAUAAACUCAAAGAUUUUGAGCUCUCCUUUGUUUUUAAAAUACAUCUUUGUGUAGUCUUUGUAAAUACUGGUAUUAGAGAAAAAGAUAGAUAUUUUAUUUUUUAUUUAUUAGAGUUGUGAGCAGAAGCACAUGAAAUAAAGAAAACAUUUUUAUUCACAAAAAAAGCAAGUCAGGCAGUCAAAAUUGAAUUGGAUGGAUAGACAUAUUUACAUAUAUUGCUAGUACAGUACCAGAAUAUUUGUUUGCCCAAAGAGCUGUGACUGAUUUGAAAUCCUAUUACAUUUACAAUUAAUGGAGUAAUGUAUAUAAAUGGAUCAAAUCAAUUAUAUGAAAUUGUCUACAAACAAAUUGGUAAUCAUAUUCUAAUGAGAAUAGAUACAUGGAAUAAUUUAUUUGUAGCAAUAUAUUAUUUGUGAGAAGUGCCACAUUAAGGUUUUUACUAAAAUUGAUUGAAAAUCAUAUUUGUGGUCAUAUUUUUCACUUUUUUUUGUUAUUUUUUUUAAAUUUAUAUUAUUAAUUUUUUUAAUUAUAAUAAUAAUCUUGUGAUUUUGAAAUAUGCAUUACAAUGGUUGUACAUUGUAUUAAACCCAGGGUAUUGUAUUUAACUGGAAUUAUUGGUUAAAGGGAUAAUAACUCUUCGUUUUGGCCAAAAAAUGAAUUUUCCUGGAGUAAACAACAA